AUGAAUUACGAAAUUGUUAUGGACGAGCAUCAAAAAUUCAUUGAUGAAAAUUUAAAGAAUUUCUAUGGAGAGCAUAAACAUUUUGUAGAAUGGAUGGAUUCAAGAUCAUUAGCAUCAAAAAGAUUUAAAAAAAGAUUAAUUGUUAUUGGUGAAUAUAGAAUUUUAAGUGUAAAAAAAGGAAAAGUUUCAAUAUCUUUAAAUAAAAAUAUUCAUUUUUAUGAUAUAGCUGAUAUAAUAGUCGUUGAAGAUACUAUUGAAAUUAGACAAAAACAAGUUAUAAAAGGUGAUCAAAUUGGUAUAUUAAUAAAAUCAAAACAAAAAGAAAGUUUACAAAUGAUAUUAAAAUUGUUAAGAGAAAAGAUUAGAAAUAUUACACAUGGAUUUCCAAGUACUAGUCAAUUGAGAAUUAAUGCAAAUGAGAGUUAUUUAUUACCAAUUCAAGAGAAAGUUAUUGGAAUAGCUGAUAAUUUCAUAGAGACUUAUAAAGCACAAUCAUCCUACAAAAAUAAUGAACCAAGUACAGAGGUGAUUAGAUUGGUUGAAAAGUAUGUUCAAGAUUGUUGUAGAGAAUUUGAUUUAUCAAAAUGUCCAGGAUUUGAAGGUAAAAGUGAAUUAAAUUUUCAAAUUGAUACUGUAAUUUCAUCAUUAAAUUAUAAUGGUUAUUUCAAUUCAAUUAUUAUUAAUGGUAAUAGUUGUGGUGGUAGUACUAAUAUUGGUGGCAGUGGUGGUGGCAGUGGUGGUGGUAAUAGUAGUAUAGGAGUUAAUCAAAAAGGUUUAGUUGAAAAAGUUGGUGAAUUAUUAUCAACAAAUUGUUGUGUUAGAAAAAUAUCAAUUUUUAAUUGUAAAGAUGAUGAUCAAGUAUUAUCAACCAUUGGUACAUCGUUAAUUGGUAAUCAAUUUAAUUUAUUACAAGUUAUAGAUUUACAUAGUAACCAUUUAAAUCAAUCAACAUUUCAAACAUUUGCAGAUGGUAUUGAAACAAUGACACAUCAUUCACUUAGAUAUUUAAAUCUAUCAGAUUGCAACCUAUCAUCAAGAUCAGUUGAAAUAUUAUUUAAUUCAUUCUGUAAGAAUAGUAAAAUCUCUACAUCAUUAGAGUAUUUAAAUUUAUCAUACUCAAAAUUCGACGAGGUUGGUAGUAGUUCAUUCACAAGUUGGUUAGCAAAGAUCAAAGAUGAUAAUGUAUUAAAGUUUUUAUAUUUAACCAAUUGUAAUUUAAAUUUAAUUGUGAUUGGAGCACAACUUAGAAAUUUACCUUUGCUACGUGUAUUGGAUAUUUCUAAUAAUAGAUUAGAGAGAACUGAAAUUGAAGAGUUAAUUGCAUUCAUAAAGAAUUCAAGGGCAUUGGAAUCAUUGAAUAUUUCAAAUUGUUCACUUAAUCAUGACUAUUUCCUCUACAUUUGUAAUACACUAAAUAAGAAUGAAUAUAUUAAACAUUUAGAUUUAAAUGUAUCACAUAAUCAAAUUUCAAAGUCGCCAAGUAUCUUUGUUAGCGCAUUGGAGUUUCUUACUAUGGUGAAUUCGUUAAAUUUAUCUCAUAUUCCCAUUACUUAUAAAACUUUGAUUAGAGUUGUUGAUUCAAUUAGAAUCUAUUGUAAAAAUAUUAGAGAAUUGAUAUUGGAUGCUUGUUUCUCCCAUUCAAAUGAUAAAUCUCAUGAUGGUAUUGAUUUCAUUAAUGAGUUGAAACAAUUCCUUAGAGAGAGAGAAUCAUUGAAAUCUUUAUCUAUAGGUGGUGACAAUUCAAACUACUUAUCACCAAAAUUGGUUAUACCAUUAAUUGAAUAUUUAACCAACGAAAAUGGUACAUUGGAGCAAUUGAAUAUUCAACACUCCCAUCUUGGUGAUUCAGUUAUGCCCUAUAUUGCUAAUUUAUUAGAACGUAAUUCAACUUUGAAAUCUUUAUCAUUGGAUAGAAAUUAUUUCACUAUUAAUUCCUUCCAAACUCUAUUGCUAUCAUUACAAAAUAAUCAUACACUUUUAAAUAUACCUUUCCCAUCAUAUGAUUUUGAAAAAAUUUUAAUUACAUUACCAACAGCUCAAAAGAAAUCAUUAUUAUUUAAUUUACUUUAUAGAAUUCAAUCAAUUUUAGAAGAAAAUGGUGGUUGGAGAAUACCUGAUCCUCAUUUUUAUCCUGUACCAACUUCAUUAACUACUGGUAAUAAUACUAGUGGUGGUUCAAAUUUACAAUUAUUAGGUGGUGGUAGUGGUGGUAGUGGUAGUAAUAGUGGUGGUUCUAAUUUACAAUUACAACAACGUCCAUCUUCACCAACUAGUAGUUCAAGUGGUAGUGGUUAUAGAAGUAAAAGCCCAACACCUGUAACAACUUCAUAUGGUUCUUCUGCAUAUUCACAACAACAUUAUGAUAAUUUAUCAUUACCACCUCCACCUGUUGAUAAUUAUUAUAACAAUAACUAUUAUCAAAAUGAAAGUGAAGGUGGUGAUGAUGAUUAUUAUAAUCAUCAACAACAAUCAUCCCAACAAAAAUAUCAAAAUAGAGCAACAUUAAGUCCAACAAAUAGAAAUCAACAACAACAACAAUACCAAAAUAGAAAUCAAAGAAUUGAAUUAACUGAUAGUUUUGUUGAAGCUGUUGAUCAUUUAAAUGAUGAAGAAAAUCUUGAUUGA